AUGCUUCAACCCAGAUUGGCCUUGACAGGCCUUCGUCUUCCGUUCAGAUGCCUAUCUUCGGUGUCUUCUAGGUCCUACUCAAGUGUUGUGCCCGAAAAAGAGACCCCCCCGACGGAGUCUUCGACGUCAACCUUCGACCCAAGCAUUGCUUUUGCUCCCCCUCCUACGCGAGAUGAUGCAGGAGUUCAAAUUCGAUCUUAUAAGCCCCGGACUCCCGGUAUCCGGCACUUGCGGAGACCGAUCAACGAUCACCUUUGGAAAGGACGACCAGUACAGAAGUUGACGUUUCCCAAGCGAGGACAAAGUAAGGGUGGCCGUAACAACACUGGUCGAGUAACCAUCCGGCAUCGUGGUGGUGGCCACAAACGUCGUAUCCGAAUUGUCGAUUUUGCACGAACCGCUCCUGGUCCUCAUUUGGUGGAACGGAUUGAACAUGACCCUGGGCGAAGCGCUCACAUUGCGUUGGUCCGCAGCCAAGAAACCCAGCGCCUGAGCUACAUUCUGGCCGCGGAAGGAAUGAGAGCUGGCGAUGUUGUUCAGAGUUAUAUGUCUGGUAUCCCGGAAGACCUGUGGAAAAGUAUGGGAGGUGUCGUCGAUCCUGGUGUGCUCGCCGCAAGGACCGCUUGGAGAGGAAACUGCUUGCCAUUACACAUGAUUCCCGUUGGUACGUUGAUAUUCAAUGUCGGCUUGCGGCCGAAUAAGGGGGGCCAGCUCUGCCGUAGCGCCGGUACUUUUGCAACCGUUAUUGCGAAGGGCAGCAAUACUCAGGCUGCACAGAACGAGCAGGCUCAAGAAGAGGGUGCCGAGGAAAAGAAACCCUUGUCCCAGCGUGAGCAGCAGAAGCAGGAACGUAUUGCAAAGCAUAUCACCAUUCGUCUCCAAAGUGGUGAAGUCCGCCUGAUUCAUAAGGAUUGCUGCGCGACCGUCGGCGUUGCCAGCAACCCGAACUACCAGUACAGCCAACUCGGAAAGGCUGGCCGAUCGCGCUGGCUGAACAUUCGCCCCACUGUCCGUGGUCUUGCCAUGAACGCCAUGGACCAUCCCCAUGGUGGUGGACGAGGAAAGUCCAAGGGUAAUGUUGAUCCGAAGAGUCCUUGGGGUCUACCGGCGAAAUCCGGUUAUAAGACUCGUCCCAAGUGGAAGGUCAACAAGGCUGUGGUUGUCCCCAGAAUUCAGGGUCAAAAGCGCUCCGUUCGGGAUGCAUGGGACAUGCGAGCUCUGAUAGGUGCGGCGAAGACUACGUUGGGACAUGAAUGUGCGUACGAUGAAGUGCGCAAGAAAAGCGGUCCAAAGCGGGGUUAUGUGAAGCAGUUGGAGGCGCGGUUAGCACAAGUCGAAACCUUACUGAAGACGCAGGAGGUGAACCCUUCCCAGAACAGCCAAGGGAAUAGCGCCAACAUCGCAGCACCGAAAGAGUUCGUCGGCAUCCCGGAGGCGGUCCCGUUCACAAACGGUAUUGAUGCGCCUAUGUCAUCCCCCGAAGGCGAAAUCAACAAUAUUCAGUCAAACGAUACAUUCUUGGCACCAGGACUAGAUCGCACGGGUAAUUUUGGGUGGGACAUGAUAAGUUUGGGGCUGGAAGAACCUCUGCCUGACCGAGAAAUCAUUGACGAACUAAAUAAGAUCUACUUUGAGAAAAUCCACCCUUAUAUGCCCAUCUUACACCGUCCCAGGCAUUUGGCAGCUAUGGAUCUAGCUCCAAGCGUACGACCUCCCGUGUGUUUGCAAUACAUUACCUGGUGCCAAGCUGCGUCUGUCAGCGAGAAAUAUUCAAAUUUACAUGCGCUUUUCUACCAGCGAGCCCGCAAAUACGCAGAACUGGACGAGAUGAAGGGACUGGGGGAGAGCAUCUUGUCUUUGCCGUACUGCCAAACAUGGUUACUCAUCGGCACAUAUGAAUUUCGAAUGAUGUUCUUCCCGCGGGCAUGGCUCAGUGUUGGUAAAGCUGCAAGGUUGGCACUUAUGCUCGGCUUGAAUCGAUUGGAUGGUAUGGGCCUUGAGGUAAAACAGUCAUUACCGCCAGCAAGAGAUUGGACAGAGAAGGAAGAACGACGGAGGGUGUUCUGGAUGGCUUUCUGUAUCGACCGUUUUGCAAGCGUCGGGACCGGAUGGCCAGUUCUUAUCGAUGAGAGAGAUGUCAAAACGAACCUACCUGCUACCGAAGAAGCGUUCGUCAAGAGCAAACCGCAGAGGACUCUACGCGUUGAGGACAUUCUGGCGGGUGAUGGACUCUCCACCUUGUCGUCGUUCGGGAGUGUUUCUUUCAUGGCAUACAUGUUUGGACGGAACCUUUCCCACCUGCAUCGUCCUGAUCCUCAAGACAAUGACCAUGACUUGAAUGGGCUGUAUUGGCAGCGGCACAGAUCGCACGAUAACGUCCUACUACACUUUGCCCUAGCAAUGCCCAACCAUCUCCGACUGCCAGCUGGAAUGUCUGAUCCCAAUGUCAUCUUCUGUAACAUGGCGAUCCAUACUUCCACAAUAUGCCUUCAUCAAGCUGCUAUCUUCAAGGCCGAGAAAAACAGGAUGCCCGAACAGAUCAUCACAGAAAGUAAACGAAGAUGUAUUGUCGCCGCAGAUCAAAUCUCUAAUAUUAUGAAGAUGAUCAGCCACAUGGACCUGACGGCCUUAAACCCCUUCAUGUCAUACUCUGUCUAUGUCGCUGCGCGCGUCUUCGUACAGUAUCUCAAAUCCCGCCCCGACGACUCAGCUGCUCGUUCCUCUCUCGGAUUUGUCUUCACCGCACUCGAUGCGAUGAAGAAUAAGAACCCCUUGACCGAAUCUUUCCUCGUCCAAUUGGACGUCGAUAUUGAAGGUACUCCAUUCCGAGACAUUCGACAAGCAAAAAGGCCUCGUAUCACAAACGUGCCAAACAAGGGUCGUGGCUGUACCCCCCUCGUACCAUUAGACCAAUCCCAAAAGCAACAAUCUCUAUCGGCUGGCCCACAGCAAAACUACUACACGCCCUCAUCUCUCCCCUCUCGUGAAGAGCAGAGUCUUGCACAACUACAGAACAGAAACCCUCCUUCAGAUCCUUUCGCGAAAUCACCGUUUAAUCUCAGCUCGGGAACUGAAUCUGGACCAGGGACUGACACAGGUCUUUCGCCUGAGUUCACCGACAAGAGUUCGAACAAUAGUCCAGCGUCAAACGAUCCAUCAAUACUAAACCCGACUACCAUACACGACCCGUCUUCUUCAACCUACAUGCCCUUGGAUCAAUCCUCGCCUCUAAAGCAGCAGCUAUCAACCUCAUCAUCUCUCAAUCAAGCCAACCAUCAACAAUCACACCCCUCUCUCGACACUAGUAGCGCAGUAAACAUGAGUAUGGGUACCGGCCCAUUUGGCGCAUUUGAUAUCGGCUUCAAUUCCCAGUUAUAUCCAACGGGCAUGGUAACCCCCCUCGGCUCUAACGGUUCGGAAGGGUCGAUUCCCAUGCCCACGUGGGAUUUCGGCGCGCCUCAAACGUCGAACGGCGAAAAUGUCGACAUGAUCACUACCGGCAUGGAAUCAUUAGAAGCACAGUGGGCACAAUUACUAGGUUCAGGUCCAGGUACAGGCACAGGCACGGGUUGGGACUCAUGGCGAAAUCAAGCAUAG